AUGUUUAGUGGGAUAAAAAGUAUCCUAUUAUCAAAGUCAGCUAACACCUUAUCUGUAUACCAAAUUUUAUCAAAAUCCGGUCUACAAUCAAUGUAUCAGCGCUUUAAAUCACCUUACAUCGGAAUUUGGCUGUUCUGGCGACCAGCGUUGAUCAUCAACUCGCCUGAGAUCGCUCAGAGGGUUCUCAUAAAGGACUUUGACGUAUUCAGGAACAGAUUACUUGGGAGCGGAUCCAGUAAAGUUGACCCUAUUGCAGGGUUGAAUUUAUUCAUGGUCAAUGAACCGACGUGGUCAAAAAUGAGGCGACCAUUGACGUCACUAUUUACAUCUGCAAAAAUAAAAACAUUCCAUAAUCUUUAUAACACGAAGACUAAGGACUUGGUGCGAAGAAUUGCGCAGAGUCUCGAUGAGAAUAAGCCAAACGAAUUAAGGAAUAUGUUCUCUGACUUUACCACUGACAUCAUCGGUAUAGCUGCCUUCGGCGUGGAGAGCAACGCCACCAUCACAGGCGAUGGUCCAUUGAGAUCUAUCACAAAGGACUUCAUGAAAUUUAGUGCUUUAAGAGGCUUUGCUUUCAUUUCUGUGAUGUCCUUUUUAUUUUCUUUGUUUAUAAAAUUUUAUUUGAUUAUGUCCCACGUCGACUUGCAAAUGUUGUACACUGCAGCUGUACUUAAUGAAAAUUUUUCAGUUGUUUAUGAGAUUCUUGUUUUUCUGAAUACUGUCUCUAGUCUAACAUUCGUGAAUGUUGAAUGCUAUGCCAUCAGUUCGCAAAAUCAUUUAUAUUAUCUUCCUACUUCAUAUGCUAUUUUAGUUAUGGACGAGGACUUGUUUAUUGCCCAAGCAGUAAUUAUGCUCCAAGGUGGAUUUGAUACUACGUCAGCCGCGAUGAGCUUUUUUACUUAUGAAUUAGCACACUGCUCUGAAGUGAAGUUAUACAAAGAAUUGACAAAAGCAAAAGAGGAUUUGGGAGAGAAAGAACUCGAUGCCAGUGUAUUAAGUGAAUUGGUUUAUUUCAAUUGUGUCAUUAAAGAAACAUUAAAAAAAUAUACUUCAAUGGGGUGGCUGGAUCGGAUUUGCGAUAGAGAUUACAGGAUUGACGAUAAUUUGACCAUCUCUAAGGGUACUACUGUUUACGUGAACUCUAUGGGAAUGCACGGAGACCCUGAAAUUUACUAUGACCCUGACAACUUUCACCCUGAAAGAUUUCUACCUGAGAACUGGGAUAGCAAGAAGCCUUUUAUGCCUUUCGGAGAAGGACCACGAAGUUGUAUAGGUCGGCGUUUUGCUUAUCGUACGAUGUGGUAUGGUCUAUCUAAAAUUCUACUGAUGUACGAGCUAAAGCCAAUACCAGGUUCUAAAAGACCGAAUGAUGUUAAAGCUGAUAGUAGGAGUCUCUUUUUAGUGCCAGGAGAAGAUAUUUUUGUUAAAUUUGUGCCUAGAGAACGUAUUAAUGUCGAAUAACUUA